CCCAACUACCCCCAAUUGUAAAAAAUCCCCCCAAUUAAAAAAAAUGUUAUCAAAUUGCACUAACACUUUUCCCCCCAAAAAUUUAAAAAUUGCCCCCAAAAUUUUUCCACUGGCCCAAAAUUUUACUUUGAGCGCCCCUAAUAUUUAUAAAAUUGCCCCCAGAAAAUAUAAAGUUGCCCCCAUUAACAAAUGCUUCCAAAACUAAAUGCCUCCAAACAUAAAAAAUUUCCCCUUUUCCACUCACAUUUGCCCCUAAAUUUCUUUUUUUUUUUAUUAUCAUUUUAAAACAGUUUGCCCCAUAAUUUGCCCCCAUUUCUUUCAAAUUUCUCAAUCCCAAAUGGGAUUGAGAAAGGAAUUAUAUGGAUCCCUGCCAUGACAGGGUAAAACCAGAAUCCAGGUUCAGAACAAUAGAAAAUAGUGAUGGGUUAAGGUUUACUAGAAACUUGUCUUACCCUAAAAACAUUCUUACCAACAGAGUGAACAGUGAUAUAAGGAAAUACUUUUUAAGUCAGCGAGUGAAUUCUUCCUUCUAGAAUUAAAGAUGUGAACUCUGUUGUCAGUUUUAAACAAAGAUAUGAUAAAUAUUUCUUUCAAACUUAACCAAAAAUUGUGUAAUUUACUGGUAUCAACUCUAUGGGUAUCCUCAAUAUAUCUUGUAAUAUCUGUUUUCAACAUGGUUGGAAUAGUUCUCCCCCAAGCGAAUGAUUUUCUAUGGUUUGCAUACAAGAUUUUUGUUGGUAUAUCUAUGGGUCAUUUUGUUGAUUUAACCUUGACCUGGUACGGAGGAGAAACAGCAAUGCUGGAACAUGUUGGAGAGGAGACAAGCUUAAACUUCAGGAAACCACCCUGUUGUUGUUGUUUAAUUCUUCCAACCAACGCAAGAUUAACAAAAAACAAAAUAAGGUUUCUACGUGGGUCCGUUUAUCAGAUUCCAUACACAGAAUCUUUAAGUCUCCUUAUACUGGUUAGCUUAGAGAUGGCUGGUUAUGUUACUGAAGGAUCUUUAACCCUAGCUUCUCCUGAUAUUUAUAUAACAGUUCUAAUCUCAUUAUCAUCCUUCUGUGGAAUCUGGGGCCUCUUUAUGUUUUUUAAUAUAACUCAACAGUUUAAUCUACUAAGUAAUUUCAAUUAUGCGAAGAAGUCUGGGUUGAUGAAGAUUACUAUUAUCAUCAUAAAUUUCCAGAGUAUGAUUAUUGAUGUUUGUAACCGGUUUGGACUAAUAACGUGUAUUCCUGGUGCCUUAUCUCCUUCAGGAGUAGCAAAUCUUAUUAAGGCUGUAUGUGUGCUUAUAGAAUCCUUUCUGUUGGGAACGAUGGCGUUUUUUGUUUACAAAGAUGAAGGAACGUAUAUGUAAAAUAGACAAAAUUUCUAAAACAGAAUUACCAGCGCUCUUUUUACUUUUGUUUAUGGUUUCUUACGCGACCUAAUGCCGUUAGAGUUUGAUAGUUUUAGGCUAACAUUUAAUUCUCAUUCUGGGCAACCCUGUAGUCUCCGUCAAAAUAUUUGGUACAGAGCGUCCCAUAUCGUAUUAGAUUAUCUCCAAUCUUUAACACCAAAAUAAGCCCUUAACACUCGAAAAACUUGUCAUUUUCCGCAAGAAAAUUCUUGUAUAAGCCUUAUGUUAUUUUUCAAAAUGAUUCAUUCUAAUGAAAUUUUCUAAUUAGUUCCGAAAAUCGUAAUUUAGACCCAUUCUCGGUCUAAUAUGAUGUGGGACACCCUGUAUAUUAGAUUAAAAGGCAGUCUUAAAUAUUGCAUAGGUUACUAAAUACCAAAGUUAGUGCCAAAAAAGUCGGAAUUACGUAAAUUCUUUAACAUGUACUGCUGUAGUAAUUAUCUAAAAUAAGAGGCCAAAAUUCAUAAAUACAAAAAUAACCAGCAAGUUAUCCUGUAACUUAAACAAUAACUUUUCACUGUGACAAAAAUGUUUUAAAUGUUUAAAGAACUUAUGUCUUAAAGACUUCAGAAACAACUCAGUUUUAUUUCUUAGAUCAAUGCACAAUGUUCAAUGCAUGGCUUCUGUACUACCUGUAUUGUAUUUAGUGAUGGGACACAACUAUAGGUUUGUUUUUAAAAUCUUGUAAAAGAACUUACAACAUUUUAAAACUGUAUCGUGUAGAAGUUUGCUAGGCUUAAACUUAGGAAUAAUUUUAUUCUAAGAGAAAAUAUAAGGUUUAUCUUCUCUUGGGUAAAAAUUUUUUAGCUCAGUGGAAGAAAAACAAAUGUUUGGGAAAAAAAUUUAAAACUUAG